AUGACUACAACUAUCAAUGAAGACAACAAUGAUCUGGUGGAUGUGUGGCCCCCGAGCGCCGACCCGGAUCUCAAUGCUACUUGGGAUGUAGCCCCGCCGCUGCAGCAGACCUCGACUAAUGACGCGUCACACUUAAAGCCUUCCGAGGACGGUGUGGGGCUGAUGCGCCGUGGAACUGGUGCUGCGCCGGGUCUAUCAACUUUUACUAUUGGAACGUGGAACGUGACCACGCUGCAACACGCCCUAGACGACGAGCAUCUAGUGCAGGCCUUGAAGACAUAUAAAUACGACGCCAUCGCUCUGACCGAGACCCAUGGCAUCGGCAUCGAAACUCGACUGGAUGGCAGACUACUCCUCUCCGGCGGAACAAUACACUACGCUGGUGUUGGCAUACUCCUCUCUCCAAAAGCUAAAGCAGCACUUAUAUCACAAGAAUGCAUCUCAGACCGUGUCAUGUCAGCCCGACUCCGCUUAAAGGGCCCCGGCUCGCUGGUCCUGGUUGCCGCCUACGCACCCACCAGCACUGCAACUGAUGAAGUAAUAGACACCUUCUACGAACAACUAGAAGGUGUGUUUCAAAGAGUGAAGCCCUCGGACACGCUGGUACUUGCAGGUGAUCUGAAUGCGAAACUUGGUGCAAACCGUAUUGAUCCGCUAGUUAUCGGCCCACAUAGCAUCGGCACCAUCAAUGACCGCGGACUGCGACUGCUGGAUUUCUGCCGUGCCCACCAACUCACCUCCGCUAACACAUGGUUCAGGAAGAGGCUGCUGCACAAAGUGACCUGGAUAAGUCGCGCUGGUAAUGCAAGAAAUGCAAUAGACCACAUCCUAGUCAGACAGAAACACCUCCAACAGCUGGUCGACUGCCGCUCCUACUCGGCUGCUUUCGACACCGACCACAGGCUUGUUUUGUGCAACAUGAAGAUGCAGAUCAAACGUACACUGAAGCCCGCUAAACCUCCACCAAAGCCAUGUGCCAAUCUGCUCACCUCCGAGCUUGCAGCUUUGAUCAAGACAGAAGUCAGAGACCGUGUCGUUGACACGGAUGAGCUGGAAACCAUCACAACAGCUAUCCAUGACGCAGCACUCAAGACAUGUGCCCCCAUGAGACACAACAAAUCGGCGCCUCACAUCACUUCCGUAACCAUCGACCUGAUUGAAAGGAAGCGGAAAGCGAUCGGUACACCUGAAUAUUGUCUGCUAAAGAACCAGGUGAGAGCAGCAUGUGACAACGACCUGGACACUUGGCUACUCAAACAGGCAGACAUAAUCAACGAUGCUUUCCACCGCAACGACUCUGCUCUCCUGUUCAAGACAGCGAAGGGUCUGACUGCCGGAUCACGCAAACCGGUAGCCACCAUCAAGCUAAGCGACGGCACCCUAUGUGAUACUCCUGCAGACGAAGUACAACGCUGGCUCGAAUACGCUCAAGAGCUCUUUCAGUCCAGCCUGCAGCGUGCAACGUGUACGCCUCACCAAUUUGCAUCCGCUCCACUACCUGCUGAUGUCAUCAAACGCGCCAUCUCCCGGCUUAAAAACGGGAAAGCUGCUGGCCCAGACGGAUUGCAAGCUGAGUUUCUGAAAGCCAUGCUAGACGACCCGGUUGUUUUUUCGGCAAUCCAUCGCGCCAUCAACCGCAUCUGGACAACUGGCAUAUGGCCAUCCUCGGCACUGGUAUCGAACUACAUCGCCCUCUAUAAGAAAGGUGACAAUGGUGAUUGCGGUAACUACCGCACCCUGGCUUUAAUCACGCAUGCCAGUAAAAUAAUGCUCAAAAUCAUCCUAGAGGAUUUGAACAGAGUCGCCAAGGUCACCGUUAGCGACACACAAUAUGGAUUCAGUGCGGGCAAGUCUACAACCGACGCCAUAUUCACACUCAAGCUUAUCGGACAAGCGCACUUGGCAGUUGGUCGCAGACUACACUUGGUGUUUGUCGACUUCAGAAAGGCCUUCGACUCCGUCAUACACCACAAACUGCUGGAAACCAUCGACGCAUACGGAAGUCAUCCGCCUCAUCGCCAACCUUUACAACGGUGCCCACGGUUCGAUCUCAUGGAAGGGACAGACCACUGA